GUAAUACUUCGUUUCAUACAGCGCGUAGAGAAAAUCAAACCUAUUGUUGAGGAGAUAUUGGGAGCUGAAGUAGAAGAGCGUGAGCUGCGAUUGGCAGCCUCUCAGAUUGCAAAUGCAGAGAAAAUGUUAUCUGGGGGACCGGAAAAGUGUUUGGGAACGACGCCCCAUCGGCCACCUCGCAAGAACUGGUUCACUCAGCAGAAACUUGAGCGGAAAGCAAAACGAAAAGCCUAG